GCUGCUGCCCCGCCUCCAGCUCUCGCUUUAGCAUGCUGCGGUACAGGUCAGACCUGCUGAGGACUCUGGGAACGCUGCUGUUCCUCCCCGCCUUCCUGAGCGGAGUAGUCGAGCAGAAACAAGUGCUGGAUGUGGAGCUUUUCUCAGACUACACGGAUGACCCUUAUUCCCCCUCAGUCACGGCUGUCGUCGAGAUUCUGUCCAACAAGGUGCAGAUCUACUCGUCUCAGCUGUACGUUCACGCUCAUUUCACCGGCAUUAGAUACUUGCUCUUCUACUUCCCUGUCUUAUCAGCCCUGAUUGGCGUGUCCAGUAACUUUGUCUUCCUCAGCAUCCUCUUCAUCCUCAGCUACAUGAGGGUGCUGCUGAGGGCAGAUGUCAAACCACGCGAGCGCAGGACAGACGGACUGCUGUCCAACAUAGAGGAGAACACAAACAGCAAGCAAGAGGAUGAAAAAGAUGUUCCUGCGGGUAUCACAGAGCUGCUGGGUCCCUGCCAGAUAAACCCCACAGAUCUAAGCCUGGAGGAACCCCAUUUGCCCUUUGGCAACGGCACACAGCUGCAAGACGGAAAUAAACUUGGUCAGGGUGAAAUGAAAGAAUCAGAGGCAGCCUGAGGUUAUAAAUGAAGGAAGGUGAGAACGUGUGACAUGUAAUCUUGAUGGUGAGAUGUAGAUUUAAGACUGAUAUGUGGUGGAAAAUGUCUCAGAAAAAGUACAACCUGUCCUCUGCACGCUGCUGUAUUACUGUUAUUAUUAUUUUAGCUUUGGACCCUUUAACUGAACCCUCAUCUCUUGAUAAAAAAUGUUCAUUUCUGGUGCCUUUUUAUUACUUUGCAUCUAAUGGUCAUGGUUUUGUGCUCACUGUUGUGGAGAGACACUCCAUAAGACAUUCUGCAAUAUAUAUACACAUUUGAAUAAAUGCUAGCAAAAUAUUAAAUGUAACGUAUUAAAUGGUGUUUUAUUCCGAUGCAGUUGAAGAAAAAGAGCUAAUGUUUUAAUUUAAGUGAAAAUGAUGAAAUAAAAUGAAAAGCUCUGUGUUCAAAAUACAGAAGUAUGAUCAGCAAAUAUAUAUAUAUAUAUGUGUGUGUGUGUGUGUGUGUGUGUGUGUGUGUGUGUGUGUGUGUGUGUGUCACAGCUGGUUGAGGUGAAGCUAAUUUUAUAUACAUACAUGCUAUUGCACCCUUUAUAAAGAUACAUUGUAAAGUGUUUUCAUAAUCUGGAAAUGAACAAGAAACAGCAACUGUCAAAUCAAUGUAGUAAAAUAAAAACUAUAAUAUUA